GCCAAUCCAUAUUCCAAUACAUUUGAAUACUCCCUCCACAUUUUUUUUUCUUCCACAACGACUAUCGCUUAGUCGUUGAACGUACUCCAGCAUAAAUGCACCAUUUGACAUCUCAGUAUGACAUUUGUUUGUUUACGAAUUUGAUGUGAAACCCAAAAGCGUCAGUCGGCAAUUCUGAAGUAAAAGUUCGAGUAAAUGAAAACAAAAAAACGAAACAAUUUUUUAUCGACUAAACCAAUUAAAUUUCAACACAAUGAUACGUUCUUCCAUGUCUGACACUCAAUAAAGUAAGUAAGCAUUUAUCAAUGCAAAGUCGCCUUUCUUGAUUUUCCGUGUUCACAUUCAGUACAAAUUAGAAUGAAUGCUUUAAAGCACCUGUGUCUUUUGUGUGCGCAAAGUAAGUCGUCUGCCGAAAUGAUGGGUGGAAUAAAUGAUCUGGUAUUGGGAAUUCAGCCAAAACUAAUUGACUGCUGUCGUUGGCGUGACCUGGAAAAUUGCAACAAUGAACAUCUUCCACAGAAUGUCUGCAUUUCAUGUGUUCAAAAGCUUGAACAAUGUUGGGAAUUUGCUGAAAGUGUUUCUGCUGCCCAACAGGAACUAUUGAGAAUGGUUGACGAUAUCAAAUUGGAUUCAUUUGAAGGCGAUUUGUCAAUGAAAAUAGACACCAUACACUGUGAUGAUGAUAUGUUUGAAUGUGAUAUUAAGUUAGACCCAAGUUUAGAACAUAUACACUAUGAAAAGGAAAUUUGCACAAUUGAGUUACCAAGCGUAAAUGGGAAUGCUUCAGUCGCUGAAGAACCAACAAUAAAACACCUAGCAAUACAGACAUACAACAAAGACAAAUUCUCUCUAAGAAUAAAUAGAGAUCCAUCGAAAAAUGUCAAUGAAGACAUUGAAUGUCAUGCAAUUCCUUUGAUUCCAAAGUCAGAGCAACGAAAGGGAAAAGGUCCAAAAAUUAAAAAAGUCAACUCAAAAAGGCAAAUAAAGAAAAACGCCAAAGAAACCGCAAAACAAACCAUGCACCAAAAAUUGAAAAAAUUUGCACAAAAAGAACCAAAAGAAUAUACGGCGUUAAAGUAUAAGGAGUUUCCAUUGCCGGAAAGACAAUCAAAGUCCACAAAACCGGAUGACACGUUUCUCGCACUCAUCCGCAACGAAGACCGUAAUGACGAUGGAACAAUCGAACCCGAUCGAAUUGGGCAAUUGAAAUUGAGCAGCUGGUUGAUGUUACAAUAUCAAUGCUAUCUUUGUGGAACUUGUUCAGGUGAAUACUACACAUUGAGACACCAUGUCUCGGAGGAACAUCCGGGCAGUCCAUUUAAAUUGUUAUGUUCAUUUUGCAAGAAAAAGGAACCGAGAACGUUGACACGGAAACAAGCAAUGAUCGAUCACACGAAGAUUUUCCAUUUCCCGCACUUGAAAUAUUGUUGCUGGAAAUGCAAUAAAUUUUACUGGGAUAUUAAAAAGUUGCGUGAGCAUGUUUCUGGCCACAAACAUUUACCAAAUUUAAAGGAAUUGGUUGGUGUACUUUGUCAUCAAUGUGGAAAAACAUGUCGGGAUGACUCACACUUCCGACAGCACUCAUUUUCGCAUAUACCAGGCCCGGCAAAACCGUCAUUCGAAUGCUACAUGUGUGGGAAAAGAUACACCUCGAAACUCGCUCUGGACUAUCAUAUGUUCGAUCAUUUUGGCGGUGAGAAGCACAAAUGCGAAACGUGCCACUUGGAAUUUAAGCGAAAAGAUGCACUCAAACGACAUAUUCGGAUACAUUCAAAGGAUUUUCCAUUCCCUUGUCUUGAUUGCGACAAAAGGUUCAAAACCAAAAAAUCAGUCGAUACUAAUAUAAAUAUCAAUCAAAAAAUGGCUAGUGAAGAGAAUCGUGGUUUUGCUUUGAAUCAAUCAAAAAAGGCGAAGCUGGGCCGCUUCAAAACGUUCAUGCGAAUGGUUGAAAGUGGCGAUAUUGAUGCGGUAAAGGCGAUGCUAGGUGAAGUUUGUUUGGCCGACAAAGUGAAUGAGCUAGGCGAGUCUCCUUUGCACAUUGCCGUCAAGAAAAACGAUUUGGAGAUGGUCAAGUGCUUGCUUACUGUUUGCCCAAUGAUUAUCAACAACAGAACAAAAGCAUAUCGGUCAGCGUUGCACAUGGCAGUGGCGAACAAUUCCGAGGAAAUUGUUAAAUUUCUGAUUGAUCGUGGCGCAUCGCUGGAAAACCUGGAUAUCAUGAAAAGAACGCCACUUUUUAACGCGGUCGCUGAAGGUCAUGCGAAUCUUGUCAAGCUGUUGCUGGAUAAGGGCGCUGAUUCAAGUGUCGUUGAUAAGAAUGGAUACGACAUGAUGUUAUGCACCGAUUCCGAUAUCAUUUCUGACAUGCUGUGCGAGUAUAGAGACAAAGCCAUCGAACGGACUUUUAAUGAAAAUUUGACCUCUUUCAUACAGUCAAACCUGGUAUCGAAUGAACCGAAGCCCUCGACUUCGUCUGCCAACCGACCAGAAGUUGAGAGACGCAACGGCGUGCCUAAACGGUGUGCGAUGAGCAACGACGAUACAUCUGACGUACUCGAAUCGUUUGCUUUGGAGCCGACAACGAUCAUCGUUCGAGGUGUUGACUCGCAUCCUUCAACGAAUCGACUUCCGUUCCGUCAAAAAAUGCCAAAACUUGUCGCGGCGCCAGUGUCAUUGUUGCGCGUAAAUAAAGCUGACACCGCUUCAACUGAACGGGCGAACAGCUCAAGUGGGAAUGGUGCUGAUUCUUUGUUCACCAAACUCCUGGGCCUACAGGCAGAGAAGCAUCGAAUUCAAGAGGAAAGUAUCAGGAAUCAGGCACAAAUUGAUCUCCUGAUGGACAUUUUACGACAACAACAAACUUGUGCUGAUGCCUUGCUCGCGAAACUCAAGGGCCUGCAGGGGGAAAAGCUGCGGAUUCAGGAGAAAAGGGUCAGAAAUCAGGCACAAAUUGAUCUCCUGACGGACAUUUUACAACCGGCGGACGAUUGAUUGGUUUUUUUUUUUAAAAGAAUUGUCACGCUGAACUAGAAGUAUUUCUUUCAUGUAUUUUCUUAAGAACCUUUCAUUGAUUGAAAUAAAAAACCAUGACCAUGAGAAUUGCGAAAAAAAA